ACUCGUGAACUGGACCCUCGGUAGGCGCGUCAGCAAGGUGCUUCCUGUGGGACACGAGCCACGUGCAGGGAGUAGCUUAUACUGCAAUCGUUGAACAAGGCGUGUACUACAACUACUCAUGAGUCUACUAAAAAGCAGAGUUGUCAACCCGUCGGGUCUGGCGCUGUGCGCGCACCGUUGUCAUCGGCCGCCAGUGGCCGGAGUUGGCAACCCGCUCUGUACCGGUGCAAUGCAUCGCGUGGGUGGUCUACCCUCCAGGCGGCAGCUGAGGAACACAGCCGCUGUGCACGGUGUGCACACUUUCCCCGGCGCGCACGCGGUGUGCACAGGAUACAGUGUAUCACGGGGUUCGGCAGGCGCAGUCGGACGCGUGUGGCUGCUACAUUGUAGAAGGCACGGCGUUCUGCGUGCUUUCCAUGACAAACGAACGUCAUGAAAAAGGAAACGACUAUCUUGUGUACUUUUACAGCACCCCUGCAUUUAUGUUCCAGGUGAUCCCUGUAGCAUACAUGUUCUUGACCAGCAAACAUGAAGAUACAUACCUCCAUGCACUGCUUCGCCUGCGCCAGCUCGGUCUGCACGGCAAGACGUUCCUCACUGACUUUGAGCCGGCGCUCAUGAACGCGACGCAGCGGGUGUUCGGUCGAUUGCACGGCUUCUCUCUGCAUGGGUGCCUCAUACACUUCGUGUUCCGGGUGCACGAAGCCGUAGGGACGCUGCACCUCACGGAAUUCUUCCGGGACACACCGUCAGCGCUCGUCAUGCUCCGGCGUAUGAGCGCCCUGCCGCGCCUUCCCGCAGCUCAGAUGGGGGAGGGGUUCACUGCAGUGUGGCAGCAGUUCCGGCACACAAACCCCGACCACUACCCCACAGUGUUCCCCUUCCUCAUGUACUUUCAUAACCAGUGGAUGGUGCGAGUGAAGCCCCGACGUCUUAGUGUGUACCAGUUGUACCACACUACCACGAACAAUGUUGAAACCAACCACCGGCACUUUCGCAGGUUCAUCACAACCCCCGUACCCAACGCGUGGGAUGUGACAGCUGCCAUCCAGCAAGUCCACCAGCAGGCGACACUCACCCUGGGUAGGUUUCAAGGAAACCUGCCAACAGGCCGGCUGAGAGGUCAGCCUCUCAUAAUGAGUGCAUCCAGGGUCCGGCGCGCCGAAAGGAGGCUGGCAGCCGGCGGAGGCGGUGCUGACGUCCUCCAGUUCCUUGACACCGUCAGCCACGCUAUGGAAAAUGUCAUCAGAGACUUGGAGCGGUGGGCCGUCCCUGCUGAGAGGGACCAAGUGCCUGCAGAUGGGGUUGGGCCACCACUGCCUGAGGAUGAGCCAAACGACCCCAAUGUUCCACCGCCACCACCUCAGCCUCCGGGUGACCAGGGGGUUGUUAUAGACGACGACCAGCAAAACUAG